UGUAACUGAAAACAGGCGGUCUUUUGAAACUGCCGCUUCCUAUUUGGCAGCGUAAGGUGACGUGUUGUAUUAAAAAGCCUUAACGCCACGCUUGAUUGGACGCUGCGGUUAGAGGUUCCUCCCGCCCCUCCCCUCCCAGCAGCAGCAGCUUGUUCGGCUUUCCUGCGCCAGCGGCGGUGUGUCACCGAGGCUGGGCUGCUGCCGGAGAGAUCCGGACUCAGAGAAUAUACCCAACCAUUUAACGCAACCUGGCAACCGGGGCUGAGAGGCGAGUUUUGAACCUGAAUACAGUUUAGGCUGGACCCUGCGCCUCUUCUUGUCGCCACCGCCCGUCCUCCUGAUGUCGGAUUUCAAGCUCGGGAUCGUACGGCUCGGCCGUGUGGCCGGGAAGACAAAGUACACGCUGAUCGAUGAGCAGGACAUACCACUGGUGGAGAACUAUGCCUUUGAGGCACGCAUGGAAGUAGAUGCAGAUGGCAAUGGAGCUAAGAUCUUUGCUUAUGCUUUUGACGUCGGCAAAGGCCGCUGGGCAGGAAGGCCGCUGCACGAGCUGCUCUGGGAGAAGCACAGAGGAGGCAUCGCCCCUAGUUUUCAAGUUAUCCACAUCAACUCUGUCACAGUGGACAACCGACUAGACAACCUGCGACUGGUUCCAGUAGGCUGGAGCCCUAAACCAGAGGAGAUUUCCAGCAAGCAGAGAGAGCAGUCCCUCUACUGGCUGGCCAUCCAGCAGGUACCAGCCGACCCUGUGGAGGAGCAAUAUCUGGAGCUGAGUCGCACACGUUACUACAACGCAAAUGGGGAGCUGGUGGAGGAAGAGGAGUGUUCCUGCACCUACUACGAGUGUCACUACCCUCCUUGUUCGCUCAUUGAGAGGAGGCUGCGGGAGUUCAACAUAUGCGGCCGCUGCCAGGUGGCGCGCUACUGCGGGUCCCAGUGCCAGCAGAGGGACUGGCCGGCCCACAAGAAACAGUGUCGUGAGCGUAAGCGGGCGCUGGCCCUGGAGUCUGAGCCCGAGCGGUGAUCCGUCUUCAUCCUCGCUUGGAAGGGGAGGAGAAUGAUCAUCGGGGAGGGAAUGGGGUUACACUUGGGAAGGGGAGCGGGGAUUAAGUGCGACGUGGGGUGGGGUGGGGGGCUUCCUGAGAAGAGACAAUGUUGAUUGGUUGAGUGAUUGAAGGAGUUCAGGACUGAGAAGACGAGGGCACGGAGAAUAACACAAAAAGACAUCUGCCACUUCCCAGGACUAGUAAUUCUCCAUAGCUUGCUUUUCAUGUGGAUGACAGGGAUGGGAUUGUUUGUUUUUAUUUUUGUUUUUUGGGGGAGGGGGGGGGGGGUCUUUGUUUUUUCUCGAGGGAGAACCUUGGGCACUACCUGCUGCUACGGUUUUGUAUGUAAGGAGGGGAAAGUCAUCUUGUUGAUGAACUGAACAAGCUUCUCCGGACCACAGUUGGAAUACAGACCGCCGUCAUCCCGUUGGGUGUCACGUCGUCUGUCCAAACAGGGGACUUGGGGGCUGCAGCAUCUGUCGUUCAGCUGGUACAAUGGGACAUGGACCUUUUCACUGUAUCGCUCCCUUUUCUGACCUCUCUCGUGCACACGGCUGCUGCGCUCACAGUCAUCGACACUUUAGCUGCCAUCGCCGCCGCCUCCCUGUCUGUAUUCCCCACGCAGCAAACCAUGACACAGAUUAUCAGAGAUUUCACCGAGUCACACUACCAGUAUUGAGUGAAUGUGGGCGUGCAUGGGUGGAUGUGUGCGUGUGUGUGAGCGCGUGUGCUGCCAACAUGUACAAAAAGGACUUUGAGGUGGUCACCAUUGCUAAUGAGUCGAGGUUAACGGACAUCUUUGCUCUACUUAAAGGGGGCCAUAUUACUUAAUUUAAAAAUGUCCUAUUUAAUUAUAAAUUGGUGGUCUGACAGUAAGAUCAUUGUUCUGUAAUAAAGUAGCUGCCAAAUAAAGGCGUCACUUUUUUAUUUUUA